AACGUAUUAUUGUUGAAUAAUUAGCACUUUCACCGUUAGGUGGCCUCAUUGACCCACUAUGUAAAUAAUUUCGGGGCCAAUGUAGGAUUUCACUAGAGCUGUAAAAAAUAAUGCACAUCCUCUUCUAAGCUUAAAUUAUGGGUCGUUGUCCAACAGGAGAGGCGUGUGAUUUUCAUCGAAAUGUAAUCACUUGACAUUUGGCUAAAUUAACAAACGUAACUGCACAGUGUAAAACACUUUAAAGUAUUUGCAGUAAUGUUCUGGUGUCUUUCCUUACCUGUUGAGGACAUGCAUGUGUGGAAAUUUUACUUCUCCGAGAAAAACAAAUCGUUUUACUUUUUGUGCCCGUCAGUAUACGAAAGGAUCAGUUCAGACGAGUGCAGCUCAUAUGUGCUCAGGAAAAGACAACGGGAAAGACCGCAUCUGACGAUGGAAGAAUAGCGGCUCGUUUAAUAGUUAUCCCCACGGUGCCUCUCUGGAGUCCGUCACUGUGCAGCUCAGAUGCUGGGUGUCGGGGAAGACCGCUUCGGGCGCAUGCGGGGCACUGGGGCGCACCACGUUGGACUAAUGCUGUCUUCUUGAUUUAAUUAAUUCUAGCAGAAAUCAUAUCGGAGUCUGCUGCUUAAAAUAAAACCCGACCCCGAGGGAAAGCGAUCCGGGCACUCCGCCUCCCUUUUCACACCGAAGAGUCGGAUUCCUUCUCCGCAAAUGGGGUCGCAUAUAACUUUGAGGACAAAACGAUCCUGCUUAGAAGUGAUUUAAAAUAUAUAUAAAUAAUGAGUUUGCAUGCGGGAUGAUCGGUCUUUCUAAGACUUAUGCCGGUAUGCUUUUUCGGAAUUAAUGAAGAGAAAAUAACAAAUGAAGAAUGAAGACUAAAUCAUUUUAAGAACAGAAAGGGGCAGUCAUCCCUCCCCCAGGAAUACUAUAAUUCUGAGAGGACUAAUUGGCCGUUUUCCUCCGUGUUUCAAAAGCUGACAGGAUGAUAGUCCCCGUGGCUUGCAGUCCAGUCUGUUGCCUAACCCUCCGUAAUCAUCCUCCUUAUAAUUAGACUGUGUUCAGAAAUCCUGGGUGAAAAUAUGAGGUGAUUCAUGCUGCCAAGACGUGAAAGGAUGGAUAGUAACCACACGACGGUCCUUGACGGUGGUGCGGCAGAGAGAGACUCCCCAGCUCGUGUUCUGACUGGAUGCUUCCUGGCUCUGCUCAUACUGUCCACGCUGUUGGGCAACACCUUAGUCUGCGCAGCUGUCACCAAGUUCCGCCACCUCCGCUCCAAAGUCACCAACUUUUUCGUCAUCUCGCUGGCCGUCUCGGACCUGCUGGUGGCCAUUCUCGUUAUGCCUUGGAAAGCCAUCAGUGAAAUAGCAGGCUUUUGGCCAUUUGGUUCCUUCUGCAAUAUCUGGGUCGCGUUCGACAUCAUGUGCUCCACUGCCUCUAUAUUGAACUUGUGCAUCAUCAGUGUCGAUAGGUAUUGGGCGAUAUCCAGCCCGUUCCGCUAUGAGCGAAAGAUGACGCCUAGGGUAGCUUAUGUGAUGAUCAGUGUUGCUUGGACCCUGUCAGUCCUCAUCUCCUUCAUUCCUGUCCAGCUGAAUUGGCACAAGGCUCCAGCCGGCAGCUAUUCAGAGCUCAACUAUUCCUACGGGGCUCUUUUCACAGACAACUGUGACUCCAGCCUGAACAGGACGUACGCCAUUUCAUCCUCUCUCAUCAGCUUCUACAUUCCUGUCGCCAUCAUGAUAGUCACCUACACCCGGAUAUACAGAAUCGCCCAGAAGCAGAUCAGGAGGAUCUCAGCCCUGGAAAGAGCAGCGGAGUGUGCCAAGAAGCGGCACAACAGCAUGGGGGACAGCUCCAAUGUGGAGCCGGAGAGCUCCUUUAAGAUGUCCUUCAAAAGAGAAACCAAAGUGCUGAAGACCUUGUCGGUGAUAAUGGGGGUGUUCGUAUGCUGCUGGUUGCCCUUUUUCAUCCUAAACUGUAUGGUGCCCUUCUGUGAUCAGCACCUGCCCAGCGUAAGAGCGGACCUUCCCUGCAUCAGCUCCACAACCUUCGACGUCUUCGUCUGGUUUGGCUGGGCCAACUCGUCCCUGAACCCCAUCAUAUAUGCCUUCAACGCGGACUUCCGCAAAGCGUUCUCUGUCCUGCUGAGCUGCCAUAGACUCUGUCCCGUCAGCAGUGCCAUAGAGAUCGUGAGCAUCAACAAUAAUGAAGGCCCUGGGUCGUCUUAUCACUAUCAGCCCAAGGGGUACGUUCCCAAAGCGGGCAGCGUCAUGUAUGUGAUUCCUCACAGCAUCCUCUGUCAGGACGAGGAGCCGCCGAGGAAGACCGACGAGUUUGCCGUCAGAGCUCUGCAGAAACUGUCCCCAGCCGUGUCGGGCAACUUGGAUAGUGAAGCUGAAGUUUCUUUGGAAAAGAUUAACCCCAUAACUCAGAAUGGACAGCAGACUACAUAAGGAAGGUUGUGUCAAGUAAGAAACACAACCUUAUCUGAAAAAAUGCUAAAUGAAGGGACUAAAAUCAGUUAAUGUACGUGUGGUUUGAGAGGGAGUUCAAUUUACCAGAAAAAAUAACUGAUCCUCAUCAAAGACCUUAAACUCCAUGUUGUAUUGCAAACUAUGAAAUGUAGAAUGUUAUGAAAAGCACUUUAUCCUGUAUCUGCAAAACACUUUGAAUAACUUCAAAUAAAUGCAUUAAUAUUUAGUGUAUCUAUUUGAAUAAGUGACAAAGUCAAAUGUAACUUGAAAAAUAACAGUGCAUGUUUAAAGUUACAUUUCUAAAACAUUUAUAACCCAUUUAUUAUUGGGUAACUUUAUAACAAUGUAGCAAAUUACUUAAGCUGUUGUAGGGAAAUUAAUACUUUAUGCUGAUAUAUAUUCUACAGUUCACUUUUCAUGCUAAUAUACCAGCCUUAAGGCUGGAUGAUUUGUAAUGUUUCUGUGCACUAUGGUUAUUUGCUUUAUUUAUAUACUUCAGAAUUCUGUUUAAAUUAUUUGCCAGUUAUUUGGGCAUAAAGUCACUGUUACAGAUGUUUCAAUUAUUGCAGUUUUUUUCAAAGCCAUGCAGCUCUUUGUAAAAUAUACUUUUAACGAGGUCAUAAAUCAGCACAUUUGACCCAGGAUUCGGCCUUGUGGAACUGUGGCAAUACAUUGAAACAAUUUAUUUAUGAUUAAAUUACAUUUUUGUUUGUGACCUGGCUUGCAUGCUGAAAAUGAGAAUCUCCUUAAAACCUUUAAGAAAUAUUCCAUAAAGAGAUACACAUACCCUAAACAGAUAAUUAAAUGAAAAAGGGGACUGAACAGCUUUGUGGAUAUGACGUUUUGAUAGGCUUUCUACCAGAAAUCCUGAUGUCAUUUGGUCACAUGUUCAGUAUCAGUACUGUGACGAGGAAUAAAUCUCCGAAAUGAAUAAUUACUGUAUGUGUGACAUAAACACGAGGCAAUCAUAUAGAAUGAUGCUGACUUCAUUUUUAAAUGAUUGCUUUUUCAUAUCUUUCACCACUGAAGCUUUAUAGUGCUUUAAUGUGGGGACCCACAAUGGCUUAGGGUGGAUGUGCUCUGUGAUUUAGCCAAUGCAGUGUGUAGCACAAGAGCCCCCCAUGUCCCAUGUUACUACAAAGGUGAUGACAUGGAAGCGUUUAGAAGUUCCAGACCCUUCCUUCCACGUAAAGGCAUUUUUAAGAGAAGAAAAAUGUGACUUAAAUAUUCUUAUUUAUGGAUCUGGGUGUCAGGGGGAAUACUGAGAAUCUAUAAAUGUUACGCCCCCCCCCUCCCCCCAACACUGUGAAUUUGGGAUGUUAUAUGUGAUAUUAUAGAAUUAGCAGUCAAAUAAAGAAAGCACCAGAUGAAAGAGAGCUUUAAUGAAAUCGCCAUUACAGACACAGCGUCAAAGGUCAGUCUCAUUAGGCCGAGUGCCAAUUAGCAGCAUGUGUGCCGGUUCCAAAAGAGGUCAAACGAUCUGAUGUGAGUUUCCAAAGCAACACAAGGCGGCUAACAGAGACCCAAAGAGUCAGACUCCAAACCGCAGGUUGCUCUGUCACAGAAACUCCUUAAUUAUUAGCGAUGGCCUGGUGAACCGUCUGAAAAUGAGUCGAAACUCGCCGACAGCGAGAGACAGAUACUUAAAAUGACAGACUGAACACCAUAAAAGUACGACAUGGAAAGUCACCACACAAAGGCAUCAGCACCUCUGUGACCUCGUCUCUAUGAAAUCUGCAUGUCAGGAGCUUCACAAAGCUGUGAGCUUCCUGUUUCCAAGGCCAGAGGACCAAGACAUUUAAUCUGGGGCACAGAGCACAUAUGUGGACCCCUGAACCACUAAUGUGGUCUGAGUCAUUUUUCACAUUUCUAGCAUCUGAACGGGUUUUCCUUUGUGCUCAGCUGAAGGAUACUCCCUGCCCACAAAGCCUACUGGCGUGGGCGGCUGUUCUGUGGGAAUCCCGAUACUGUCCUGGGAUUGGCACUUUCCUGAAGGAGGGAGGCCCUUCUGAAGGCAAAGCGUGGCCCUUCUCCUCUUCAGAUCCCUUAUAUUAACACGUUGUGUGGUCUUUCUUAUUUUGCCCACUGCAAAUUUUAACUCAGAAAUAUCAACCUAAGUUAUGAUACAGGUGUGAGGAAGAGACCUAAAUAUCAGAGCUUCUCUGCAUUGUCUUAACUUGUAUAAGGCUUAUGAGGUCCCUUGUUGUCAGAAACAGAAGCAUGUGUAUGCAAAAGAACAUUCAUCAAACCAUGAAAGGUUACCACAACUACAGGAUGCCGGGAUUGUUUGCAGAAGGUAACCAGACUGUCCUAGUGCAUUAUUGUGUAUCGUUUCACUUUUUUCAUAUUAAUAAUAUACUGGGAAAAAUAAUCCAAUACUUGUUCAUAUGGGGAAGAACAUGGAUUCAAAAAGGCACAUAUUCCAUGUAUUUAUUACUUUCAGAUAAAUUGAUUGUACUCCUUAAAAUAUCAAACUUUCUGAGAAUUCAUCUUUCUAGGCUGUCUAGGAGUUCAUUAGCGCUGUCGACGCUUCAGCUUCUUCAGUCUCGCUUUCUUGCCCUUUUUUUCGAGACCAAGGCUACAGUUUUUGCGACUCUUGAUUCUGAAACAAGCGUCAUCAUGAUAGUUACUGUACUUCUGAUAAAGUAUUCUGUCUGCUCUGCUGUUCUCUGGGGCGUCCAUGCCUGGAGUUUUCAGGGAAGGCAAAUUAAUUAUGAUUUCCAGUAACAUUGUCGCCAUUCUGGACUACAGGGGACUAUCUUCUGUGGCAUAUUAAGGCUAGAUUCUGCAAUGCCUGUUUUACACCUUCUAGGGUUAUAAUUGCUACAGCUGUACUUUAGAAAUGUAACACGUCGUAGGUCGGGCAUCUUGUAUGACCUCAACUUCCAAAGUAUCAUUUAAUUACUGCUGUUAUUUACGUAUAAAGUGUAGAUGUGCAGACAAGUGGUUAGUGUCUGGUCCUCCUUAAAUAAACACAGUGUGCAGGACUUGGUGUUUCUUAAUUGUGGGUUUGUUUACAGCCCUGUUUGCAAUAAAGGGCACAGAAAAGCCAACUGGGACAGAUGUUAUUUGAACUGUAACAAUAUCUAAUCUAAAGGUGUAGAAUUGUGCCCUGUUUGUGUAAUAAAACCAUCCAGAUUUUUCCUAA